UGCAAAGUUAAUUAUAUACUUGUGUCAUAAUUCUAUGUUCUCUAAAAGCUUAAAAGCCAAGGAUUCACCACAAGAGGACAGAAUAUAAGAGUCUUCAUCGGAGGAUUGUUCUUCUGAACUCCGCACUACACAAAAUUACACAGAGCUCCCAUUCACCAUGGACCUGAUCACAGUUCUGCUCGCAGCUGUUGUCAUCUUAUUUUUGGCCGCUGUUUUUAAGAGCCAGAAUCAAGGAAAGUAUAAAAAUUUCCCACCUGGACCAAAGCCGUUACCAAUCGUUGGAAAUGUUUUCUCGCUGGACAUGUCAAAACCUCAUAAAACGUUCAUGGAGCUUUCUAUGACGUACGGCUCGGUCUUUAGUGUCCAGUUUGGCAUGACAAAAACGGUUGUCCUAUGUGGCUAUGAAGCUGUUAAGGAUGCGCUCAUCAAUCACGCCGAUGCAUUUUCUGAUAGACCUUAUGUUCCGGUGACUGCAAAAUUUGCAAAGAACAAUGGUAUUGUCUUUUCCAAUGGAGAGAACUGGAAAGUGAUGAGAAGAUUCACACUCUCCACACUACGAGAUUAUGGAAUGGGCAAGAAGAGCAUAGAAAACAAGAUUAUUGAGGAGGCUGAGUGUUUAGUACAGAAGUUAAAAUCAUAUGACGGGAAGCCAUUUGAUAAUUUGACCUGUAUUAAUGCCGCAGUAGCCAACAUAAUUGUGUGUCUACUACUCGGUCAUAGAUUUGACUAUGAGGAUCCGACUAUAUUAAAACUUAUGGCUAUAAUUAAUGAAAAUGUACGACUCCUCGGAAGCCCAUGGGUCAGGCUGUAUAACAGUUUUCCAUUACUGAUGGACUGGCUCCCUGGACCUCACAGAACAAUUUUUAAGAACGUUAAGGAAUUUAAGAAAUUCAUAAAAGUGACAUUUACAAAACAGAAGACAGAACUGGAUGUAAAUGACCAGAGGAACCUUAUUGAUGCUUUCCUAACCAAGCAACAAGAGGGCAAGUCUGAAUCCACUGAGUAUUUCCACAAUAAAAACUUGACUAUGUUGGUUGGAAACCUGUUUGCUGGUGGAAUAGAGACCACAUCGACCACGUUGAGAUGGGGACUUCUAUUCAUGAUGAAAUAUCCAGAAAUUCAACAAAAAGUACAAAAUGAAAUUGAAAGGGUGAUUGGAUCAGCUCAACCGCAAAUGGAGCAUAGGAAACAAAUGCCGUAUACAGAUGCCGUCAUUCAUGAAAUUCAACGCUUUGGUGAUGUUGUGCCAGGGAAUCUCCCACAUGCAACUUCUGAAGAUGUCAUAUUACAAGGGUAUUUUAUACCAAAGGGCACUAUUGUUAUCCCACUUCUGCACUCUCUACUCAGAGAAAAAACAUACUUUGCGAAACCUGAUGAGUUCUAUCCAGAACACUUUCUUGACUCUAAAGGAAAUUUCAAAAAGAAUGAGGCCUUUCUACCCUUCUCAAUAGGUAAACGUAGCUGUGCAGGAGAAACCUUGGCUAAAAUGGAGCUCUUCCUGUUCUUCACAACACUGUUACAAAAUUUUACUUUCAAUGCACCGCCUGGAGCCAAACUGGACCUUGAACCUUUACUGGGGAUUACAAAUGCCCCCCAAACCUAUAAGAUCUGUGCCAUAUCUCGCACAUAGACUACGCUUUCAGCCAACACAGACAUGAGAUAUGUUGUAUGUCAUCAUAAUUCUUUGAUGAGGUUCUGCUCUAAACCUGCAUUGUCUACAUGUGUUAUCAGUGCUUUCAGGCUGGAAAGAGGCCAAUUGUUAUGUGAUGGGAUCACUCUAUAGAGGCUCUAACUCUCCUGCCUAGAUAUAGAGUCAAAUUAUAAAAUCAUGUCUACUGUGA